AUGGAGGGAGAGACAGAGACAUUGUACCUGCAACUGCUCAAGCUAUCACCUAUAAACUCAGAGGAAUCGCUUGACCACAUACUCACUACGCUUUGGAAAACAAGAAAAACAGGUCUUCAGUCAGCCGAGAAAUCUACCAUUCAGGCUCUCCUCAACCUCCCUACUCCCGCCCAACUCGAUCCUGUUUUGGCAUGCCUUCGUUCGCUUAUCAGAAAAUGUGUACGUGAGAAUUUCACUGGCGAUGAUCUUUUGAAGCUGUUUCCACCAGAUCUAUCACUUGAUUUGCAAAGCAUUCUUUUAUUGUUACUUGAGAAAUAUCAGAAUCAGUGGAAAGAGGAAAUUUCCGGGGAAACGAAUUUGUUGCCAAGAUCCACUGUUUCCUAUCAUGUCAAGGCAAGUUUGCUACCAUCUUUCCCAUCUACUGUGUCAACUCCACUGUGGCCUCAUCUAGAUGAUACUAUCACCAAUUUCAAUCACAAUGAUCUUGGAGUUUCAGCACCAGUCAUUGCUGAUAGCAGUGUAGCACCUUUGGGUCCCAUGCAAUUCCAACAUGAUGCCGGUUCUCCUACCUACCUGGGAAGUCUACCCUGCCUCAAAUCGAUGACAUGGACCAUGGAGAAAAGCAACUCAGUGCCGGGAAAUAGAGUAGCUUUAAUUAGCCUUAAGCUGCAAGAUUAUAGUAUGUCUUCUUCGGGAGAAAUUGAGGUUAAAUUUCAGCUUACCAAGGACAUACUUGAAGCUAUGUUGAGAUCAUUGACCUACAUUAGUGAGCAACUAUCAAGCUUGGCUGGGACUUCGUCCGGGCCAGCACAAAAGAAGCAAAAGCAGUAAACUGUAGGUUUUUGUGUUAUGUUGUUAGUGAGAUCGAGUCACAAGCAUCUUAAGAGUAUUUUCACUA